AUGGCUCCCCACCUCUGCCAGGGAUGCAGGCGCGAUGACUUCAAAUCCGAAAAGGGCCUCAAACGGCAUAUCAGGUCUUGCAUGGCCUAUUUGGAAUAUGUCAAGGGUAUCAUUACCCGAAAACGCACAUGGGAUGAGGAAACCACUGCUGAUCAAGUCACAAAGCGCGCAUGUGUUGAAGAUGGCAGAGACAAGGGAGAAGGGAGCUCACAACAGUUGGUGCGGGAUCUCGAUAACGAUAUGUACGUGGAUGUAGAGAAUCAGAGAAUCCACAUUUCAGAUCUACCCCAGCCUCUCUCUCAAGCCCCAGAUUCAUCAACUCACUCGGGCCAUUCUGGACAUGCUGUGCAUUUCCCUCGGCGAUUUGACGACUUUGUGCCAGUCGCGCCGACUCCCUUGGCGCAUAUUCCAAAUAUAACUCGUGCACAGAAUCCUGGCGUUGCAGAUGCGACAUUGAUUCUGCCGCCACCACCUUCUGCAGAACAAUUGCACCCCUCCGCUUCGACUCCAGAGCCCCCGAAGCCUAUCAUCACGAAGCCAAAUGGUUUUGGACUCUUCCGUCGCUACCCGACACAGCCAACGAUUGAUCCAGAAUCUUCAUUUUCACUUGACAGUAUCUGUGACACUCCAACUCUUGCUCAGACUAAUCAAACGGCCGCUUCGCGUGGCCCCGAGACAAACUCUGGGAUCAAUGGUUCAAAAGACUGGUUUUUUCCAUUCUCAAACUACAGCUCAGCCAAAAUUGCUGGCUGGCACUACUCUGGGUCUUCUGAUAAAUCUAUUGGUGAGACAAAUCGAUUGGUAGAGGCACUUCGCGAUCCUCGAUUUGAUGUGAAGGAGCUCGUGAAAUUCAACCUCAACCAAGAAAAUGAGCGCCUUGACCGUUAUCUUAAUGACAUUGACAAUCCGUUCUCAGGCGAGGAUGGAUGGCUCAAGGUGUCUGUAAAAAUUUGGUUGCCCAAGACGGGCAAAAAGUUCCCGAGCGAGUCAGCUGCCCCUCAGUUUGAGGUGAAAGACAUCCAUCACCGCCGUCUCAUCGACAUCAUCAAAGGAACCCUGUCAGAUCCGGUCGCGCAAACAUUCCACAUGA